CGUUGUUAUGGAGAGAAGAGUCUUUUCCCGAGAGAAGCGAUUUCUAGAUUUUGGCCUGGCAGUUUUGGGCGGUGGAAGACCACCCUUUUUUUUGUGGUGGUGUUCAAACUCUUGACUGCAGGCGGGAAAGACGAAAGACGCAAGAUGGGAAUCGAUAUUUUCUGAGAAACGACCAGACCGCUGACGUGCAGUUGAUUAUAUAGAGCCACAAGACUUUCCGAACCAAGCAGAAGCUGGCCAAGGCCCAGAAGCAGAACCGCCCGGUUCCGCAAUGGAUUCGCCUUCGCACUGGCAACACAAUCCGCUACAACGCCAAGAGAAGGCACUGGAGAAAGACUCGCCUCGGAAUCUAAGCGACGUCAAAACACAAAAUCACCUGGCAUUCCUCGACCCACUUGUACCGACGGUACCGACAUCCGGCUUCUUUGGCAUUUCUCAAUGACAAGUUAAAACAGUGGUGGAUGGCGCAAAAAGCAGAAUCUCUUUGUCGUCUUUAGGGCGUGUGGGAAGGAGGAUGCGGACGCACGGAAUAUUGGGCACGGUUGCCUGGAUUUUUGAUUCUUGAUAUUGCUUCAUGUCACGGUCGGUCAUAGGGAAAGGAAAUGAACCUUUAUUUUUUGAUGUCCAUUUUGCUUGUUUUACCCCAAGUCUCAAAUGUCUUUUUUUUCCUGAGCAUGGUGCCUGUGCUGCUACUCUCUAUGUGAAGGAAGACUCCAUGAACCAGAUGUUUUUCCUGGACAGUGAUGAAAACAUGCUCCGCCAUUUCCAAUCAUUAUUUUCCGGUCGGUUGUUUGGACUUUAGACGCAUCGCCCAGAUAAGAAUCACUAGUCACCACAUGCGUAUCUC